AUGGCGGAUUCGAGAGCUCCAUUAGCGGAUGCUGACGUGGAUAUGGUAGACAAUGUCCAAGUGGAUCAGCCAGACUUGCAGGGCGACGCGGACGUGUCUCUAACCAACGGUCACGAUCCCGAGAUUGUGAAAUCCGAGGAGGAUAAGAAGGCGUACCGCAUGGUGACGCUUCCGAAUGGGUUAAUUACCCUGUUAAUUUACGACCCUGAGAUUGCCGCGUCAGGGGAUGACGAUGAGGAUGAUGAGGAGGAGGAUGAGGAGGAUGAGAUAGAGAGUGAGGAGAGUGAUGAGGAAAUGAGUGUGGCUGAGGCUGGGGGAAGCGGAGAUGGGACAAAAAGCAGCGGAAAGGGGAAGGGGGGGAAGGGGGAAAAGGGGGGUAAGGGUGGGAAGUCCAAGGGACGAAAAGGUGCUAGUAAAGGAGGGAAGGGAGGUGACGAUAACGAGGGUGAGGAUAGCGAUUGGGAGACAGCGAGUGAGGAGGAGGAAGGGGAGGCGGAGGACGCAGGAACUGGCGGAACAGAGGAGAAAAAGGCAAAGGUGGUCGGAGGAAAGGGGGAUGGUCAGUGUAAGGGAGGCGAGUCGGGGGCAGCAGGGGGUGAGAAGACCGGGGGGGAGGGGAAGGUGGGGGGUAAGAGGAAGAAAGUGGGGGGGAUUAGGCUGGGUGGUGGUGGCUUGGGGCGGAAGGGGAAGUCUGGGGAGAAGAGUGCAGGGAAGGGGGCAGUGGCAGGAGGGGCGGAAGAGGGGGAAGAGGGUAGUGAGGAGGAGAUGGAGAGUGGAGAGGAGGAGGAGGAAUAUGAGGGUUAUGACGAGGAAGACGAGGAUGAAUCUGAUGGGGAUGAUGAUGAGGAUGAUGAUGACGAUCAACCAGGAGCAGCAAAGAAGUUGGCGGCGGCCGCCAUGUGUGUGGGCGUGGGAAGCUUCCUGGAUCCUCCCGAUGCUCUCGGCCUCGCGCAUUUCCUUGAGCACAUGCUCUUCAUGGGCAGCGUCAAGUUCCCUGACGAAAACGAGUAUGACUCGUUUCUGAGACGGCAUGGCGGCGGCUCGAACGCGUUCACAGAGACAGAGUUCACGUGCUACCACUUUGACGUGGCACACAAGUACCUACACCCUGCUCUUGACAGGUUUGCGCAGUUCUUUGUGGCGCCGCUGGUGAAGGCAGAUGCCAUGGAGAGAGAGGUGCAGGCUGUCGACUCGGAGUUCAACAUCAGCUUACAGAGCGACGUGUGUCGGGUGCAGCAGCUGCAGUGCUCCACGUGCUUCUCAUCAUUUUGUGUCCAUGUACACGACCUCCCUCCUUUCCCCGGCCCCUUCUCUCUACCCGCCACUCUCCCCGCCCAGAGUUUAACAUCAGCUUACAGAGCGACGUGUGUCGGGUGCAGCAGCUGCAGUGCUCCACGUGCUUCUCAUCAUUUUGUGUCCAUGUACACGACCUCCCUCCUUUCCCCGGCCCCUUCUCUCUACCCGCCACUCUCCCCGCCCAGAGUUCAACAUCAGCUUACAGAGCGGCGUGUGUCGGGUGCAGCAGCUGCAGUGCUCCACGUGCUUCUCAUCAUUUUGUGUCCAUGUACACGACCUCCCUCCUUUCCCCGGCCCCUUCUCUCUACCCGCCACUCUCCCCGCCCAGAGUUUAACAUCAGCUUACAGAGCGACGUGUGUCUGGUGCAGCAGCUGCAGUGCUCCACGUGCUUCUCAUCAUUUUGUGUCCAUGUACACGACCUCCCUCCUUUCCCCGGCCCCUUCUCUCUACCCGCCGCUCUCCCCGCCCAGAGUUCAACAUCAGCUUACAGAGCGACGUGUGUCGGCUUACAGAGCGACGUGUGUCGGGUGCAGCAGCUUCAGUGCUCCACUUGCGUGCAGCCAGACCACCCCUUCCGCAAGUUCUCCUGGGGCAACCGCAAGAGCCUCAUCGACGACCCCGCCAAGCUGGGAGUGGACAUGCGGGAGAGGCUGCUGCAGCUCUACUCGCGGUUCUACACUGCCGGGGCCAUGCGACUGGUGGUGGUGGGCGGAGAGCCCCUGGACACGCUUGAGUCAUGGGUGAGGCAGCUCUUCUCGCCCAUCCCUCCCGGCGGUAGUGGCAUUCACCCGCUGCUGCACCAGCUGCCUCCGCCCGCCACCUUCUCUUCGCCGUCCCAAGACUCUGAGAUGCUGGGUCCUGGUGCUGCUGGGUUGGAGCAGGAGGAUGGGGGCACAGGGGAGGUGGUGGGAGGGGGUAAUGGUAGCAGUGCUGCUGCUGGUGCUGGUGGUGCUGCUGCUGCUGAUACCGGUGCUGUGGGUGCUGCUGCUGCAGGGAAGAAGCAGCUCAGCUUAGCAUGGCAGCAGCAGGUGUCGCUGAUGUGGACACUGCCAUGCCUGCAUGCCGAGGAUCCCAUCUCAUUGGGCACGGUGAGACAAGUGUGGGAGGGCAGGGAUCCCAUCUCAUUGGGCACGGUGAGACAAGUGUGGGAGGGCAGGGAUCCCAUCUCAUUGGGCACGGUGAGACAAGUGUGGGAGGGCAGGGAUCCCAUCUCAUUGGGCACGGUGAGACAAGUGUGGGAGGGCAGGGAUCCCAUCUCAUUGGGCACGGUGAGACAAGUGUGGGAGGGCAGGGAUCCCAUCUCAUUGGGCACGGUGAGACAAGUGUGGGAGGGCAGGGAUCCCAUCUCAUUGGGCACGGUGAGACAAGUGUGGGAGGGCAGGGAUCCCAUCUCAUUGGGCACGGUGAGACAAGUGUGGGAGGGCAGGGAUCCCAUCUCAUUGGGCACGGUGAGACAAGUGUGGGAGGGCAGGGAUCCCAUCUCAUUGGGCACGGUGAGACAAGUGUGGGAGGGCAGGGAUCCCAUCUCAUUGGGCACGGUGAGACAAGUGUGGGAGGGCAGGGAUCCCAUCUCAUUGGGCACGGUGAGACAAGUGUGGGAGGGCAGGGAUCCCAUCUCAUUGGGCACGGUGAGACAAGUGUGGGAGGGCAGGGAUCCCAUCUCAUUGGGCACGGUGAGACAAGUGUGGGAGGGCAGGGAUCCCAUCUCAUUGGGCACGGUGAGACAAGUGUGGGAGGGCAGGGAUCCCAUCUCAUUGGGCACGGUGAGACAAGUGUGGGAGGGCAGGGAUCCCAUCUCAUUGGGCACGGUGAGACAAGUGUGGGAGGGCAGGGAUCCCAUCUCAUUGGGCACGGUGAGACAAGUGUGGGAGGGCAGGGAUCCCAUCUCAUUGGGCACGUGGCAGCCUGCUGCCUCUGCUCGAGGGGUGGGCGACAGGGUUCACUCUUUUUCCUCCUCCCUCCUGCAUCACCCUCUCGCCUCCUCCCUCAUCACCCUCUCGCCUCCUCCCUCCUGCAUCACCCUCUCGCCUCCUCCCUCCUGCAUCACCCUCUCUCCUCCCUCCUGCAUCACCCUCUCGCCUCCUCCCUCAUCACCCUCUCUCCUCCCUCCUGCAUCACCCUCUCACCUCCUCCCUCAUCACCCUCUCUCCUCCCUCCCGCAUCACCCUGUCUUCCUCACAGAGGGCAGUGGCAGCCUGCUAUCUCUGCUCAAGGCCAAGGGGUGGGCCACGGAGCUGGCAGCGGGGGUGGGGGAGAGCGGCUAUGAGAAGAGCUCCCUCGCUUUUGUCUUCACCGUUACAAUCACACUCUCCGACGAUGGCCUCAAACACGCACUGGACGUGGUGGGAACGGUGUUCCAGUACAUCAGCAUGCUGCGCCAGGCCCCUCCCCAGCGGUGGGUGUUUGAGGAGCUGCAGGCCAUCGCAGCCAUGGACCUGCGAUUUGCAGAGGAGGAUUCUCCCGACGAGUACGCCGUCAGACUGGCAGCCUUGGACCUGCAAUUUGCCGAGGAGGACUCGCCUGAUGAAUACGCCGUCAGACUGGGAGGUAGGUUGCGGUGGGUGUUUGAGGAGCUGCAGGCCAUCGCAGCCAUGGACCUGCUAUUCGCAGAGGAGGAUUCUCCCGAUGAAUAUGCCGAGCCGCAGGCCAUCGCAGCCAUGGACCUGCGAUUUGCCGAGGAGGACUCGCCUGACGAGUACGCCGUCAGGCUCGCAGGCAACAUGUUCUGUUACCCCAAGAGGCACGUGAUAGCAGGGGACUACAUUCAUGACAAGCAUGUGAUAGCAGGGGACUACAUUCAUGACAAGUGGGACCCCGACCGCAUCGCCUACCUGCUCUCGCUGCUCUCGCCACACUCCGUGCGCCUUGACCUGCUCACUCACUCCUUCGACCACACCAGAGAAGGUAUUCUUAAGGAGCCGUGGUUCGAUGUGCCCUACACCACAACCCUGCUCUCCCCGGCUCUCCUGGACCAAUGGGCGAGCGACACGUGGCUCAACCCCGACCUGCGCAUGCCUCCCCCCAACGAUGUGCCGCGGGUGGUGAGGGAGGAGGCGGGGCGAUGCAAGGUGUGGUACAAGCAGGACGAUGUGUUCCGCUCGCCGCGCCUCAACGCCCACUUCGCCCUCUCCUCCCCCCAUGCCUGCGAUUCUCCCCGCUCCGCUGCACUUACUGAGCUCGCGGUGAAGCUUAUCGAAGAUUCUCUGAACGAGACCCUGUACCUGGCGAGUGUGGCCAAGCUAGACACGGUUAUGGCCGUCCAGGGCUUUAAGAUCGAGAUCCGAAUCACGGGCUUCAGCCACAAGCUGCCGACGCUCGCCGCCCGCAUCUUCCGCCACAUCAGCACGUUCCGGGCGGCGGCCGACCGCUUCAGCGCGCUCAAGGAGGAGCGGUGCCGCGCGUACCGCAACGCGCUCUUAAAGCCCCUCAAGCACUCCGCCUACCUGCGCCUGCUGCUGCUGCGCACCCCCGCCUGGACCAUCCCGGACAAGCUAUCGGCGCUAACUGCGUGCGAGGUGGACGAUCUGAACGCCUUUCUGCAGACUCUCUUCUCCCGGACAUGCAUAGAAAUGCUGAUUCACGGUAACGCAACAGUGGAAGACGCGUUAGCACUCGCCUCAGCCGUCACAGACACCCUCCCAGUGCCCUCGCCUCCGCUGCUGGACCUCCCUUCAGAGCGCUGCCUGCAGCUGCCACGUGGCAAGUCCCUGUUGGUCGAGAGCCCCGUGGGGAACCCGGCCGAGGAGAAUUCUGCAGUCGAGGUGUAUUACCAGGCGUGCCAGGACCAGGGCCGGGCGUCCAUCCGAGACCGAUCGCUCGUGGACCUACUGGAGCAGGUGAUGUCAGAGCCCCUGUUCGACACACUGAGAACCAAGGAGCAGCUGGGGUACAGAGUGGACUGCGGCACUCGCCUCACCCACGGCGUCUUCGGCUUCUGCAUCCGCGUGCAGUCUGCUGACUACGGGCCAGAAUACUUGCAGCAGCGAGUUGACUCAUUCCUCAACACCUUCCGCGAUAACCUGAGCGCCCUGCCCGAAGCUGACUUCAGGGCGCACAGGGCAGCGCUGCAGGUGCUGAAGAUGCGCAAGGACCACACUCUGGGGGAUGAGACGCACCGCUACUGGGAGCAGAUCUGGGAAGGCAGUUCGCUCUUCAACUCGCGCCAGCUGGAGGCUGUGGCGCUCUGCAACAUCACGCUUGCUGAGCUGUGCGCGUGGUUCGACCGCCACAUCAGCAUGACAGCUGGCGCCGACAGCGACGGAGGAGACGGCGCUGACAAGGACAGCAUCAUGGUCGAGAAUGGAGAGGCUGGUGCAGCGGAGGCAGGUAACGGGGAGGCUUAUAAGGGGGACGGGGAUGGCGGAGGGAAGGUGCUUGGACGGCGCGUGCUGGUGCACGUGUGGGGAGCAGGCAAGUGGAAGGAGAGGAGUGAGGUGAGCACUGGGGAGACAGGAAAGGAUGCAGUUGGAAAGGCUGAAAAGGCCGGGAAGAAUGGGAAGGGUGGUGAAGGGCAGGUGGUGGUGGAGGUGGGGGAUAUAGAGAAGGAGAAGGCUUCUCUUGAGCUCUUUCCCGUGCUUAAACCCGUGGUGGUGGCUGCAUGA